CGCUAUAGUAACCGCUCAUUCACAGGGAUGUGUACUGCGGAUUCUCCGCAUUAAUCUCAACCAUUGACGUGGUGAGAUUUACUCUAUCUACUAGAUUUCUUUUAUUUAUUAUAUAAAAACCUUGACCCAUUAACACUAGUACUCUCUAUUCUAUCUACUUUUUAUUCUUUUUAUUUAUUAUAUAAAAACCUUGACCCAUUAACACUAGUACUCUCUAUUCUAUCUACUUUUUAUUCUUUUUAUUUAUUAUAUAAACCAUGCUACAUGUACUAAGUUAGACUAAGCGAGACUUGUCACAGCACAGUACUUACAUGUUUGUUCCUCGUUUGUUGGUUUCAUUUUAUCUGUUGUUUCAUUCUAUCCGGCGCUCCUGAUGGCCAGUCCGCCCCUGUUUUUAAGCAUUCUAAUGAAAGUCAAAGAAGCUUUAUUGUCUUUUCAACCGCAUGAAACACUGUGAAAUGAAACAACAAUGAGACACAAGACAAAACACAGGGUGACGCAGACAGACAUACAACUAAACUAUAAACUAUAAAUUAAAUCUAUAAAGCUUACAACCAAAGGUUUUCAUUUUCCGUGUAAACAGAGUAUUUAGUGAGACCGAUGUUUAUCUGAAAUCUGAAAUUCGAUCAUUCUCCAGUUUGCUUUACUACAUUCUCUGUCUCUAAUUACACAGAUGACAAUUUAGGACAAAAUUCUGUAUAAUUGGAAAUUUUGAGUACUGUAAUGGUCUUUCUUGUGACGAUGUUUUUUCUCGGUUCUCUUUCCUGUAGUUACAUGGUCUUACCUGUAGAUGGCGGCAUAAGGCACAUUAUCAACUACACAAGUCUACCUUUAUUCUUGAAGAAAACACCUUUAAGAAAACACAACACAGACCUCUGAAAAUGAGUUCCCCUGAUAAUGAGGGUAAAGCUGAGAGAUAUCAGAAUGAAAGACUCAGACCACCUGACCCCAGUGUCUUAUCUAUGAAGAGUGGCACGUCAAUGGAGUUUCCAUUAAUGUUUCGAGAACCCGAUGUAGAGAAACAUGACAUAUCAAGUCCUUCCACUGUAAAGUUGGAAGCUGAAUCACAGAUUCUAGUGAUGGCGGAUGAAGAGCAUCACAGCAGUACCAGAGAUGCAGUACAGAACGUCAUUCACAAAUUCAAAUUGAAAUAUCAGAUCAAGUUUCAGAUGAUUAAUGAGGGAAUUCCAAUGUAUGGAAACGAAAGACUUCUAAAUGAGGUUUUUACAGACCUCUACAUCACAUCAGACUGUGGUUGUGGACACAUCAAUGAUGAACAUGAGGUCAGACAUGUUGAAAAGGCAUGUAGGAGACUAACAACAACAGUGGAGUCCAUCAACUAUAAUAAAAUAUUUGAAGCCUUACCUGGAAACAAGAAACCCAUCAGAACUGUGCUAACAGAAGGCAUUGCUGGAAUUGGGAAAACGGUGUCUGUGCAGAAGUUUGUUCUGGACUGGACUGAAGGAAAAGCAAAUCAGGAUUUGGACUUCAUUUUUCCAUUUAACUUUAGGGAGUUGAAUUAUAACAAAGGAGAACAUCUCAGUUUUUUGGAGCUUCUCCACUUUUUCUUCCCAGAAACCAAAGAACUUCAAAUAGACAAUCAUCAUUACAAAAUCAUGCUCAUCUUUGAUGGACUGGAUGAGUCUCGUAUUUCUCCUGAUUACAUAAACAGCAAAAUGUUGACUGAUCUAACAGAGUCAGCUCCAAUAGAGGUUCUGUUAACAAAUCUUAUUAUAGGGAAUCUCCUUCCAUCUGCAUUCCUCUGGAUAACAUCUCGACCAGCAGCAUGCAGUCAGAUUCCUGCUGUUUAUAUUGACAGAGUUACAGAGGUACGAGGGUUCAAUGACCCUCAGAAAGAUGAGUACUUCCGGAAAAGAAUCAGUGAUCAAACCCUGGCUGAUAAAAUAAUCACACACCUAAAGUCAUCACGAAGUCUUUACAUUAUGUGCCACAUUCCAGUCUUCUGUUGGAUUUCAGCAGCUGUUCUCGAGGGAAUGUUCUGUGAAGCAGAAACUGGAGAGGUCCCCAAGACCCUGACUCAAAUGUUCACACAUUUCCUGAUCUUACAGAUCAAACAUAGAUCACUAAAAUACAAAAAACAGGAAAUGAAUCCUGGACAGAUUUCAGACAUUGUACUCAAACUGGGAAAGCUGGCGUUCCAGCAGCUGGAUAAAGGAAACCUGAUCUUCUAUGAGGACGACAUCAUUAAGUGUGGGAUUGAUGUCCAAGAGGCCACAGUGUACUCAGGAGUCUGCACUCAGAUCUUUAUUGAGGAAAUCACUUCACUGGGGAAAGUGUACAGCUUUGUGCAUCUGAGUGUUCAGGAGCAUCUUGCAGCUAUGUAUGCAUUUCUCUCAUGUAUCAAUGGAAAUCUCUCAAAACAACAAUCCUCUAGAAUCUUCGGACUCUCGAGCAAGGCAACACUGAUAGACCUCCUGAAGAGGGCAGUGGACAAGGCCCUAAAGAGUAAGAAUGGACACCUGGACCUUUUCCUCCGCUUCCUUAUGGGUCUCUCACUAGAGUCCAAUUCAAUUCUCCUACAAGAUCUACUGACAGAGACAGGACGCAGCUCUCUGACCAAAGAUGCUGCUGUCACACAUGAGGAAAUAACCACAUACAUCAAAAAGGAGAUUGGAAAGAAUCCAACAGAAUCUAGAACCAUCAAUCUGUUCCAUUGUCUGCAUCAACUGAAUGAGCAGACUCUGAUACAGGAAGUUCAAGCCUUUUUGAAUAAAAGAGAAAAUCAUUGCCUCCAUGGAGUCAAACUUUCUCCAGUUCAGUGGUCAGCUGUGGUUUUCUUGUUGUUGGGCUCAGAAGAGGAGCUGGAAGAGUUUCACCUACAGAAGUAUGUAGCAUCAGAUGAGGGUUUGAUUUACCUGCACCCAGUUAUCACUGCAUCCAAAAAAGCUCUGCUGUGUGAUAGUAAUCUCACAGAGAAAAGCUGUAAAGUUCUAGCAAAAGAAGUUCUCAUAUCCGAAUCUUCAUGUCUGAGAGAGCUGGACCUGAGUGACAAUAAACUGCAGGAUUCAGGAGUCGAACUGCUUUGUCCUGGAUUGGCAAGCCCAAAAUGUAGAUUGGAGAUCCUACGGUUGCGUAACUGCAACAUUACAGACGAAGGCUGUGUCGCUCUUGCUGAAUCUCUGAGGCCAGAGUCACACCUGAAAGAGCUCGAUCUGAGCAGUAAUGAUUUAGGAGGCCAGGGAGUGAAGCUGCUCACUGAUAUAAAGGAGGAUGAAAAAUACGCACUGGAGAAGUUGAUAAUCUGAAUCUCCAGACCAGACCUGGUGUAAGGAUGAAGCUGUGUAGAGAUCACAACUAACGGAAAAUACUAACUCUACUGCAGUUUGUUAUUAUUGUUUUUAACAGUUCGUUUUAUAUCAGUACAGUAGAGGGAAUUAGGGAAGUGGUCUUUUAUCUAAUCAAGAAAAAAAUAGUGGUGUUUGUUGUUCUGGAAGCUACACAACAUAACAAAACCAAAUAGCAUUUUUUAUAUAUCAUGUCACUCAAUCUCAUGGGACUCACUACAUAGGGUAAAGUACUACAUUUAUAUCAUACACUACUGUAUAUUGUGCUGUUAAUAUAGUGACUAAGGAGCUGAAUUGCUCCCUAAAAGACAGCUCUGUUAUUUUAUGUAUGGAUUUUAACAAUAUUUACUUAGUUAAGAUCUCUGUGUAGCAAAAAGAAUGUUAUGGUAGAGCAAAAUUAUUACAGGCACAGCAAUGUUAGGGUAGAAUGUAUGUUAAUGUAAACUCUACUAUGCAAGUCAUUUCUUUACUUCUGUACCACUUUAAUACUACCACUAUUUUAUGGAUAAAUGAAACAGAAAAUACAGGAUGUACUAAAUUCCAGUAAAGUAAUUGCUACUACUGGUGUUAUCACCUUUACUCACAGUGAAAAGAUUUUUUUUUUCUCCUUGUAUUUGUCUAUGUUGCAAAGAUAUAAUGUUGUAAAAUGUCUCUGAAAAAAAGUUAGCGGACUCUGCAAGAAAAUUUUACACAGUAAAUAAAAGAAAAGAAAAUCUUCAUGGAAUAAUUCACAGCCAUCAGAGUUACAGCAGGUUGUUUGAAAGGUGAUCACUCAAAGCACCUGUUGCUACACUUAGCUAACUGUGUUUAUUGUUACCGAGAGCUAACACUAGCAGUGUGAUUGUUGACUGUGUUUAAGUCUAAACUCUAUCUGUGGCAUUAGAGUCUGAUAGAUUAGUAUUGUUUGCUAUGUAAAACAUUUCUACUUAAGGUUCCUCUAAAGGUUUCUUCCUCAUAUUGGCGUAGGGAGUUUUUCCUUGUCACUCUUACCUAGGGCAUGAUCGUUAGGGCUAAAAUCAUUUAUUCUGAUUUUUUAUAUUCUGUGAAGCUGUUGUCAAAAACACUAUACAAAUAAAU